CAUGUUUGGUUACAAAGGACGCCAAAUUAAUGUAAACAUGUGAUGAUUUCUAAUGAAUAGGCCGUGUUGUGUGUGCUAUGGUUAGAUUUAAAAAUCAAGUAUAUAAUGCAACGUUAAAAAUAACUUUUUUGCCCCGAUAAAAUAUAAAAAUGCCAUGCUCAUGGCAAAAAGAGGAUUAUUUCUCCACGUUGAUGUGCAACGACAAACGGUCGUUCACAGCUCUGGAAAUGUUAGUGGACGAUCUUCAUGCUGAUAAAGAAAGAACUGUCAGUACGUUUCUGUGUCACUCAGGGUCAGAAGAUUUUCUGUGGGGUCUUGUUCGCUUACUUGGAAAUGACACACCAAGAGUGGCUGGCAAUGCAGCAUAUAUUCUGGGGACCCUGGCAGAAUCAGAGUUUGGCUGUACCAGAGUUCUGUCAUUGGUACAGCAUGGGUCAAGUGAGAAGAUUCUACAAGAUCUAACCCGUAUGUUAACAUUUGAUGAUUCAGAAAGUGUGAUGAAUGCCGCAGGUACAAUGGGAACAUUGGCUGAAAGUCACGAGGGGCGAGAAUGGAUUCUGAACGAGAAAUGUCUACCACAAACAUUAGACCAUGUAACAGCACUGCUACAUUCAGAAAAUCUCUGGACUGCAAGCAAUGCUGCAUUGGUUUUAGCAAGGUUGAGUAUAUCUGAAUUUGGCUGCUUAAAAAUGCUGGAACAUGAACAUUCACAACAUAUCCUGUCAAAACUUAUCCUUUCUCUGGGAAUAGAUGAAGCAGGUCGCGGCAUGAAUGCAGCAUUUGCUAUUGGUCGCCUAUGUGACAUGGAUCAGGGUAGAAAACGUCUCCUUCAACUUAACGACAGUGAACGUAUGAUAUCGUGCCUAGCGAAGAUGUUGAGCUGCAGUGACACAGGUGCUAGCAAAAAUGCUUGCUUUGCACUUAGUUGCCUAGCAACAAAUUCUGAAGGUCACUCGCGUCUGCUCGGCAAUAUUCAUUCGGAAGAUAUUUUACGGACAUUGUCCACACUCCUAAAUGCAGAGGAUGCUGAAACAGGCUGGUUUGCUGCAAUGACAUUACGUACACUUGCCAGUCAACCUAAAGGUUGUCUACGCUUGCGAGAACACCCUCAUGUGAUUCCUAGUCUAAAAAGUGUUGAAGUGAAAGAUGAUGUGAAUGCAGAUUUAAAGGAAGAAGCAAUAAUUACCCUAGAAAUACUCAAACGCCUCCCUAAACCUAGUCCUCCAAUUAUUAAUGCAAUAUCAUUUAACAUGGUGAAGGCCACAUGGGAUCCUAUUGUUACCAAAAGUGGCUUUCAAGUGCGAUAUCAGCUUUUUGAUGCCACAAAAUGUGUGUAUACUGGUAAGCAAUGCGAGUGUGAGGUGUUGGGUCUACAGCCGAAUACACCAUAUAUCUAUAAACUUCGUGCAUAUACUGAAGGGGAUGAGAGCCCGUUUAGUGAUGUUGUUUCAAUAAUUACUGAUGAAUCCGUUCCAGGGCCACCUCAGAGUGUUCGUGUUUUAGGAGCUACAAUAACUCAACUAAAGAUAGGCUGGGAUCCUCCGUCGGACAUUAAUGGCACGCUCAAAGGAUAUUAUAUAUUUAUUGAUGACAAAGAGGUACAGCAUUCUAUGGACAACAGCAUUAUACUGACCGGACUCAGUGCAAACACAUCUUAUUACAUUGAGGUAUGUGCUGCCACAGCAAAAGGUCGUGGGGAGAGGUCAGGUACACCAGGGACAACUUCAGAAAUAGGUGCACAUGCCCCGUCCAAGCCUCAUGUUAAUGUAAUAGGACGUAACGAGUUGUACGUAUCAUGGGGACCACCGGAGGUACCACUUGGUAGACUUAAUAGAUAUGAUGUCAUUAUGAACGACAAGAUUAUCUACUCGGGAAACGAUCUGAAUCUCCCUGUACGGAGACUUGUACCAGAUACAGAAUAUGCCUUUGUUGUUGUUGCUUUAACAAGCGAGGGGAAAUUCGAAAGUAAAGUAACAAAGAAAAGAACGUCAAAAGAUGAAUAUGACCAAGCCAGGCCACCUCUAUAUCAGCCUCCAAAAAAGGAGAGUCCUGAAGAGGUUACGAAAGAAGGCGUUAAAACUCCGACUGGUCAGCCAAGUCAGAAACGGAGAAAAUCAAGUGGAAGGGUAUCAAGUGCUAAGCAAACAGUGAAGAGGGUAGGGACAGCUAAAGAGAGAGUGAAAAGCAGUUCAAGUAUAAAUCAAGAUUCAAGGCCACAGUCAGGAGCAAGCAGUGUGGUGACCACUGUACUGGAACCUCGGCAAGUACAAGAAAAGCCUAUUGAGAAGCCUGCAGACCCCACACCACCCCAACAAUCUGAACCAAGCCCAGUAAGCAGGUCUACGCCAAGUCCUUCAAUAGGGAAACCUGUUGCUGAAGUAAAAUUUGAAGUCAAUAAGCCAAUGCCUGUCCCUAAACCAAAAACACCAAGGACUGUGGUUCGCCCAGAACGUUCUAUACCUUCAUCUAAACCUAAACCAGUUGCCUUAAGUACUGUUUCAAUGCAGAAUAAAAAUGCAGAAAAUACAACAAAUGGUUCUAAGACUCUGGAAGCUAAUGUGACAGGAAAGAAAAUAGACAGUAAACCAGAGAAAGACUUGCCGUUUUUGAAUAAUAGCUAUAAAAUGGAGAGAUCAAGGACCACAGUUAAUUCUCAGGAUUUAAGAAAAGGGAAAUCUAGUGCUUUUAGGGUAGAUAAUGAGAACAGACUGUCGGACAAGACUGACAGGGACAGGCCUGACUCGUAUAAAUAUGAUCUAGAGAAACCAAAACCUAUAAUUAAUGACAAAGAAGGAAUAAGUGUUACUAGAGAUGGUAGGAAUCUUAGAUUAAGUGAUGAUAAUAUCAAUUCAAAUUCAAGAGAUUCAAGGUUAUUAACUAACGGUUCAAGAGAGCGGUCAAGUCACGUCCGAGGCUCAACUGGACGACAUAGGAAUAAAGACGCUCAAAAGGGAGCUAAAGAAGCAGCCUUGCCAAAACCAGCACCCCCUAGUCAAAAAUACCUUGAAGGUUACACCCAGAAUGAGUCACCGUGGGGAUCGCGUACAGUUCCUAGUCCAAGAUCUUCUAAAGAUGGUAAUAUGAUGGACUCCGAUUGGCUGUCUCAAGUUAAAAGUGUUUCUGAGAGUUAUACCCGUCCUUUUGCUCACCCUAAUGCCAUAUCGAACCCUGCUGACAGCACUUAUUUUAUUGACCCUUCACAGUUUUUACAAAGGACUAACACUUAUAUAUCUUCACACAGACAUAAAACAAUUCGACCGUUUGUAGUGCGUAAAGAAUCCGACACAAGGCUGGUACCUAUAUACCGUCAAAUUCCUAUUAAACGCCCCCUGGGACCUCUAACCUAACAUUAUCUAAAGGGGGUGGGGUUGGGCAUUUAUUAAAACACAGUUUUAAAUAAGGUCCUAAAUCCAAAAAUCAUUGUAAAUAUGCUUGGACUGUU